UAAAGAUGAAAAUCUACCCUUCAAUUACAUCCUGAUUGCUUCGUUUUAAGUCCAUGGUGGUGUACAGCGGCAAAAAUAGCAAAAACAUUGUCUUACUGUCUACAUACUUACGGAUCUGACUUUAGAUACAAAGAAGUCUUGCAACUAGGCUAUUAAACAUUUUUUAAUUAGAAUAACGUAAAGAAUUUACAAGAAAGCAGGUGUAUGUAUUAAAGUAAAUAACAUUGAAUGUUUUCCUGUAAAAUUCCUGUAAUUUUUGUUAUCGAUUUCAACUUUUAUACAUAUACCAAAGCUAACGGUAGGAAACAAUACGAGAGAGAUUUUACAGAUUCUCAGUAUUGGGACUGAGUCAGCAUUGCUGAAGGACAUAUUAACCACUAAGCCAACACGAGUGAUCCCGUCAGCUAUUUUUAUCUUCUUCCCUUUUUUUUUUUGUGGAAAACUGAUCAGCCAAAUGGUACAUGUUGAAGGUCAAAAGGGUCAUGAGCAAAACCCUUGAUACAUGUGGAACUGUAGUGAGGGCAGGUGGGAAUCACCUGGACACCUUGUGUGCACGUGCAUGCGUUGCUGAGAACUUUCAACAAAUUCACAUAGUGGCAUAUUACACUACUGCAUUUAGUUGUUUUUUUUAUUUAGUUCUGCUCUGAAUAAGCUACAGUAUUUCACAUAACAGAUGUUUACAUAUCGUCCACAAGACACAAUAAUAACUGAAUUUACACAAAUGAAUCAGUGCAAAAGUUUACACACGGUUGAUUCUUAAUAUCAUGUGUCGUUACCUGGAUGAUCACCUGUUUUUAUGUUUUGUGAUAGUCGUUCAGUCGAGUCCCUUGUUUGUCCUGCCAGUUAAACUGCCCACUGUUCUUCAGAAAAAUCCUCCAGGUCCUGCACAUUCUUUACCUUUCCAGCACCUUCUGCAUAUUUCACCUCUUUCCAUCAGCGGCUAUAUGAUGUUCAGAUCCGUCUUUUCACACUGAGGACGACUGAGGGACUCGUACACGACUAUUACAAAAGGAAGAAGUAUCUGAACCAUUUACUGGACAUGAACCCACAGUAUUUCUUGGAUAUGUUGAUGACAUCUUCACCACUGCCAUUUGAGGAACAGUUGAGGAACUUCUGUGUUUUAUUUUCUCCUUCUCCACAUUUGAGCCAACCCUGGAAUAUACAUGAUGUAUCGCUCACCCUGGCUCGAGCGUGCCAUAAUUAAACGUAUAUUAGAUGUCGGAAUAUUCCUGUCUGAAAACUACAAUCUGUUGUAAAUCCGUGGACUUCCAUUCCUUCAACUCCUACAACUACAAAAAUCCCUUCCCUUAAUCUCAGUUAAUGUGACUUAAAUGCAUUUACAGUGAGAAUGAAGGAAAAAAAAUGGGGUUUUAUUAUCAUUCCUCUAUAGAGCUUGUAUACGUUGGAACGAAAUGUCGUUUCUCCAGGACCCUAGUGCAACACAUACCAAUACGCAAUAAUGCUGCAUAGAGUGCAAAUACACAACAGUGGAUUCUCUAAGGAUGUCAUGGAGUGUACCAUGCCUCAUUUAAGCACUGUUAAGAGAACCUCAAGGGCAGAGAGAAUCCCCUUGGUGCUCACUUCAUCAUCCCAUGAAUAAAACAUUGGCUGUGAUUACGAUCCUAAGACUGCUCUCAUUUUUAAUGAUCAGGCUAAUAGAACCUGUGGCACUCUUGCAUGCAACCUUCUUAGAUCUUCACCACUAAACUCAUCACUCCUUAACAGUGCAGGAGUUUUUGUUUGUUUUGGGUUUUUUUUUUUUACUGUCUUUCUUGUAAGAGAGGUGAUCAGCUAUACAUGGAAGAAACCAAGAGAUCUGAAGUCGAGAACUUUGUUCAUACCACCAACAUGACGGAUUUCUCCUUUCCGGUGGCGAGACACAUCAACAGCCAUUACAGAUAACGUGAAUGACACGGCUGGUGGCAUCAUCCACACUAUCAGAACUUUGGAACAUGAAGUUUUGACUAUUGCAUGAUCAACAUUUUCGACUGGUUUAUGAAGUGCCUACAGACUCAGAGGUACUUUUGCUUGCACGGCUGACGAAGGUCCGAGACGUCCUGUUUCUCUGGAAACUUCAUGUACUGCGCUUACCUUUUACAGGUUUUUACUCAUUCGUCUCACAAAUGUAUUUUCUCGAUUUUAUUCAAUACAAUUUCAUUUAAAUUCCACUCAAAAACAGUAAGAAGAACAGAUCGAACAUUUCACAGUUGAAAAAUUUGUAAUGUUACGUGUGUAAUGUUAUUAUAAAUAUGUAAUAUUUUAAUAUUUCGUACUUUAAUUCGUGUCAGUUUUACACAGGGGAAAAUAGACAUGUUUUAACCAGGUGAAGGUCAAAGGUCAGGCUGUUCUGUGUUUCACCAAGCGGCAGUGUUUGCACUCCGGGAUGACAGACUGACUCAACAAAAUGGUUUCACACAGACUCAGCUUAAAAGAGCAUUUACUAUACGCACGACUGGUGUGUGUGUGUGUGUGUGUGUGUGUGUGUGUGUGUGUGUGUGCUGAAUUUUACAGACAGUUUGAGCUCUUUUUAUGAUCGUUGUGGAUGUUUUUGCUGUUGGAUUUCAGGAUUUUUCAUCAAUGCAGUGAUCAGUUACGUUACAAUACAUACGAUUUCUACAGCACUGUCCAGCUCUGUCUCAGUAUAGGUACAUAGACAUAGUUUUUUUUUAAUAUUAUAUUAUCAACUCUUGGGCGUGUGUUUCACGAGUUUGUGUGAUGUUAGCAUGCUUCAUCAGUGUGGAUGAGUUGAUAAAAUCAGUUAACUGAAUUACUUGAACUACAUAAAAACACAUUUACUGACUACAAGGAUAUCAUGCCAGAUCUCAUCAUAAUUAAAUUGAUAUAGCUUAACAACUGUAUUGUGAAAAUGGCUUCUAGUACUGUGAGUAAAUGUUUCUGCCCCCCCCCAAAAAAAAUAUCACUCCGCCCUUAUUUAUCAAAAGGAGGAGCGUCAGAAGGUUUGCUUUAACUAUGACCUUUUCCUGAAUCAGGAGAGCAACCCACCGGUCAGUCACCUACGCCAUGAGAAGCUCACGUUUAACAACAAGAAACGCACGUUCCACAACAAACUCAUCAAAGCUGGAGGGGUGAGUUCAGUCGAGUCGCUCUGGUUCUCUAAUUGCUCCCAAUCCUGUGAUAUUUCUUCCUCCGUUGCUUCGUUUCUCCUCUCAGGUCAUGGUUGUACCUGAAGAAGCUGAAAUGAUGCCCAGAGCUGGUGCGGAUUAUUCCAUGCUGUCUACAACAGCAUUAUUUGCCUUCUCAGACCACAAAAACAGCAAAUCGCACCAUGCUUUGAAGGAGCCAAAUAAAGACAGAGCAGGAGUAGAGGGAAAAGGCCAUGAACACUACAAACCAAAUAGAGAGCACGGAGAACACAAAGACUCUGACAGCAAGACUACUUCCAGAGAGAGAGAGCGUGAAGGAGGGAAGUCCACAUUGAAACCGUCAUCUUCCUCGUCCUUGAGGAAAAGCACAGAGAACCGGGGGAAGGAGGAGGGAAAAAAUAUGGCGAAAAUGGCCUUUAAAGAACUCAAAAUCACCGCAAGAGAGUCCAAAGGUGGAGAUGUAAGGCAGGUGGAUUUACGAGCUGUGACCAAACGCCCUUCAUCCAUUACAGAGUCAUCGAAUCCGACCGCCAAAAAACUGAAGAGCUUCAAGAGAAGUAAAGAAGGAGGCUCUAUCGCCGCCACCUCCCAGAUCUCCUCAAUUACUGCUGCUCCUCCCUCCACCUACCUGGAGAAGAAAAGGACGAGAGAAAAAAGCCACUGGGUAAAAAUGAGACGUGAGCUUCCAAUAGUGAAUAGACGGAUGGAUUCAGAUUCCACUUCGGAAGACGAGACUUUGUCUAGAUCCGUGCAGUCAGUGCGGUCCAAUUCAUCCAGUUCCUGCUCCUCUUCCAGCUCUGACUCUGAGUUUGGGCCCUUGCAGAUGCAAAGCCAAGAAUACUCUGAUGAUGACAGAUGCUCAGAGGUGGAGACGGCCAUAAAGGCCACAAUCCAGGACUCACGCUUGUUCAUGGACAGUGACAGUGAUGUUGAAGAGUCUCACCCGCACAGCCAGGAGGUGCCAUCACCCAUACCCAAACUCAAUACAAAGAAUAUUAAGAUGUUGGAGAAGAAAAAGAAAUCCUCAGAUUCCUGCAAAAGGGAAAAGGUUCUCAAGGGGGACAAGGUAGGAAGGGUUUACACAGAGGAGCUGGUGGACCUCCAUCACAGACUAAUGGCUCUGAGCGAGAGGAAGAUCUUACAACAGAUCGUAAACCUUAUUGAAAAGACGGGACACUUCAACGUCACCAAAACCACGUUUGACUUCGACCUUUUCUCCUUGGAUGAAUCCACUGUGCGUAAACUACAGAACUACGUGCAGGCCAAGAGGACAUGAGAAAGGAG